AUGGAUGCGAGACUUGCCCUUCUGCUUUCGGUGAAGCUCGCAGGCUACGGGCUGGUCAGUUCUGUCGACACCCAGGGGAGUGAGCCAAGAGUGCUGAAGAAUUCCAGAGUUGUGGUGGAAGGCGCCUUGCAGCGACGAUCUGCCGUUUACGCCCCUGGCCUUGCAGCCGUGCUCGAAGAGCCACGGCACAGCGAGACUUUCCUUCAGAAACAGUUGGUCAAUGACCUCACCCUUACUUUGGGCUGGCAGGGCAAGAUUGACAUCAAGCGUGUGCCCCAAGAGGACGUGCGUGCCUCAGUGAAGUGCACGUUUCAUGCUGAUGAGCGAAGCCUCUUAGAAAUCUCAGACAUCAGCUGUGACCAGGGGCUCUGUCAGACAGAGGUCUAUCAAGAAGCCCAGGCAGACACGCGAGCUGAGCGGCCUUGGCCCCCACCACAGCCGCCGAAGCAAGCUUGGCUCAGCUCUGCCCUGAUUCUCAGCCUGCCAUUGAUCAUGUCGCUGUUCAACGCCUGGAGCUCAAGUGUGUCCAGAGAACUUCCCUUGGCCACUGCUCGGUUGCGCACUGUCUUGUGCCUCGGGCUGGUGGCCCGCGCUUCCGCCUGGGCCCGCGCCUCCGUGACGGUGACUGGAGAGGCGCUCGCGGACAAGACCAUCAAGGACUACGUUGAGGAGGUCAAAACCAUGAGCCCAACUCUGGGUUCGCUCCAGAUGAUGGGCAGCUGCUGUGACGAGAACCAAGGCGCUGCCAUGGAGGUUCAGAACGGCAUCAACACGAACACCCUCUACGGACCUACUGAUGAGCUUGCCAAGACGAUCUUCAAGGACACUGGCUGCAGUCCGGUGGCAGAGAAGAAUAUGAACAAGAUGGGCACGGCAGGCUGCACCUACUUCAGCAUCUUCCAGAACACCGCCCAUGCCGACCACGAGUUCGCCGCCAACUGCGUUCCAGGCGUGGUCUGCAGUGCGGACGUUGUGGGCAUGACCAAGGGACUGAUUGCCACCUACGGCGUGGUCAUGCAGAUCUUGCAGCCCAACCUUGGGUCGCUGGCAAACAUCUAUUCGGGACCCAUUGACAAGUGUUUUGCGGGAAUGAACAAGCUCAACGAGGGCAAUCUGAAGGAUUCCCUCGUCACCACACCCAUUAUGGGCCCGUUUAACCUGAAGCUCGGCGAGACUACGAAGCUGGUGGUCGAGGGCAUGGGCCAUGUCGGUGCUCUCGAUUCCCUUAAGACCUGCCAGAACACGUCGGACGUUGGCUACCUCUUUGUCCACAAGAACUUGUACUGGAGCCAGACGGAAGAUGCCGUCGACCUCGAGGCCUUCUCGGAGUACAAGACGUCGAAGGCAGCGGAGGCGGAGGAGAAGGCGAGGCAGAAGCAAAUGCAAGCAAUUGCCAAGUCCACUGGCAAGGGGGACACGAAGACGGCGGAGGCGACGCUGGAGAAGGCCGGUGCCGAGGUCCCCCCUCCUAAGGCGGAGGUGGACAAGGGUGCCGUCACUUCCGCCAAGAACGCCGGGAAGCUCUCGGUGCCCGUGGGCGGCAAGAUUGACAUCAAGGGUGUGCCCAAAGAGGACUCCGCCGCCGUGGUGAAAGCGCUCGGGCUCGGCGACAAGGUCAACAUUGCCGAUCGUCGCCUGUCCGAGAUGCUCAUUUGA